UUUGGUUGUAUAACUGAAUGACAUCAAUUUUCUAGCACCAUCAAAAUGAUCCAAACUACCAAAGCAAACCAUACAGUUGAACUUUGUGCCUUACUAUUUCAUAACUACAUUGUUUUUCCUUGUUUAUUUUUUUCUGAUUAUUGCUUCUUUAUUUUUAACUUAUAAACAUUUUUUAACUCAUAUUUCCCUCACUGUAAUUAUUCUGUGUUGGAAUAUUAUUUUUAUUCUUGCCAGUGCUUUGUUUUGGAUGCAUUUGUCUAAUUGUUCUGUAAAUCUGUUCGUAUUCAACAAAGUAAAAAAAAAAAAAAAAAAAAAGGUGCUGUUACGACCAGUGUAAAAGUCCAGCUCCUACACUGCUGCUGACUCCGCCCCUUCCUGUAGAGCUGAUUGAGGCUCCCUCUCGACCAAUCCCUGAGCAGGGAGGGAAGCUUAAAAGCAGCCAGGAAGCUCUGCUGUGCUGAAUUCCUGAGUUCAGCCCGCCACUGCUGUCUGCCUGGCCAAGCCUGCGUAAAGCCUCUGGUUUCCCCCUCUUUACUUUGUCCUGGUUCUGUCUGUUUGUUAACUUUGCUAUGGUGGUUUCUGGUGGUCUCUUUUGGAGUGAUAGUCGUGUUUGACUGUUUGGUUUUGUUACUUAUUGCUAUAAAGCCUGAGAAUUUAAGCUACGUUAAGUUAGUUUUAGUUCAUUUAGUCCUUUGUAGUGUUUUGUUUCGUCUUAUGUUGUGACACCUGUCACCAUAUUAAACAGCUGUGUCCCCAUCUUAUCCCAGCCCGGUUAUUUAUUCUUUCAUGUUACACAUUUCUUCCUCCUUCCUGAGGAGGGACGUAACAUCUCCCUUAAUUGCAGUAUAUUUGUGGGCAUAGAUGAUUUCUCUGUUCCACUUUUUUAUUGAAAUCAAACGCUAUGAAGAGGGUUUGUUGCGGCUUGUUUUUGGUUUUCUUUUGGGUGUUGAAACCGUUUCCGACAUGAGAAGCACUAACGUUGAUAUGAGCCCGUGCUGUGCACAUCAUGGCCCCACGCCUAACUGGUCUCAAACUCUCUGUCCAUCAUCGUUUUGGAAGGUUGCUUUGUUAAAUGUCCCAGUAAUGUUUAGAGUUUCAUGAACAAAUGCAGCAUUUAUUGCGCUCCUUAACUUCUAAAAAACACGAAUUCUCGAGACCUUUCUUUGUCUCCUCAGACAUGUUUUCUCAUCUCUAAUUGUUUCAGCAGUUUGAUCCAUUUGGUCUAAACUUCUGUUGACUGUGCGCGCCAGGGCGGGCUAGUGCACGUCGUGCACCCCUCCCUCUCAAAGGGUUCCAGGCAGGCCGGAAGAGAAAAGUCUUCGCUCGCAGCGACGCUUUCGGAGUCCAGCGGAGCCGCAACUGCAGACAAACAUGACCGAGGCGGACUUAUACUCUGUGUACAAGGGCGUCUACAUGCCGAACUUGAUCCACACCGAGACGAGCCUCCAGUACUUCCAGAACUUCACUUUCCGCGCGGAGGAUAUUCUUCUCGUUACCUAUCCGAAGUCAGGUACGACUUGGAUGCAGGAGGUGGUCCCUCUGAUUGUCAGUGGAGGGGACCCCACCUCUGUGGAGACCAUGCCGAACUGGGACCGGGUUCCAUGGCUGGAGGAGAUUCGAACUUCCACACUGAACCUUGAAGGGAGGCCGUCUCCACGCAUGCUUACUACUCAUUUCCACUACACUAUGAUGCCACCAUCCUUUUUUAAAGUAAAACCAAAGGUGAUCUACGUCUUGAGAAACCCUAAAGAUGUCUUUACAUCUAUCUUCCACUAUUCCAAGAUGGCCUCCUUCCUGGUGACUCCUGACUCACAGACUGAGUUCCUCCAAAAGUUCCUUGAUGGAAACGUCAUUUUUGGAUCCUGGUUUGAUCAUGUAAGCGGGUGGCUGAACGCUGAUGACAAGGACAGGAUCAUGUACAUCUCUUAUGAGGAGAUGAUUAUGGACUUGAAGGACUCUGUGAGAAGAAUCUCUCAGUUUUUGGAGAAGCCUUUGGAUGACGAGGUGAUCAGCAAAAUAGCUGACCGAUGUCUGUUCAAGAACAUGAAACAGAACAACAUGUCCAACUACUCAGCUGUCCCUCAUGAAAUUAUGGAUCCAACAAAGUCUCAGUUCCUCAGGAAAGGAAUAGCUGGAGACUGGAAAAACCAGCUUACCGCUGCAGAAGCAGAUUACUUUGAUGCGGUUUACAAGGACAAAAUGAAAGAUGUGAAAUACAAAUUUGUAUGGGAUUAAAGCCUUGCUAAUUAAGACUGGUUUAUACUUCCAAGCAAUUCGAAUUCACUCGUGUCGCGUCCACAUUCUCGCUGUCUCGUUCAUACUAAUGUUGGCUGGAUUUGAUUGCGACUCUUCACUAUAACUGAGAUGUACUUCUGACUGGUGUUUAUACUUUCAAGCAACACGAUCGUGUUCAGCGUUUAUUUUUAACAUGAUCAGCAUCCCGCUCAGACACUUGGAGCAUCUGCGAGCGCGCAGGUACAUGAAAGACAGAGGAGGAAGUGAUGAGUUUGUCUGCUAAACAGAAGCAGGAAAACAAAGACGGCAAAAUUAAAUUAAAAAAGGAACAAACGGCAUUCUCCAGCGCUGUAAGAUAUGAGAAAAAAGACAUUUUUUUUCCAGCAACUUGCUCUAUUUUCUAUCUAGUUGUCCACUCUCUGUCUCUCUCUGUGUGAAGUUCGGCAUUUGCUAACUUCUUUAGUAAGUUUUCAUCAUUUUUAGUGUUAAAAGAUAUUUUUCUGGAGUUUUCUGUGUAGUCGUUUACUCUAAUUGCUGAAAUAAACUCGUUAAAUAAAGCGAUUUGUAUGCGAUUGCCCUCUGGGCGUAACGUUUCAGCUGUGGGUGACGUCAUCAGCAGAUGCAGCGUUCUGAUGCGACUGAAGGGAUUCUGCUCCGAUGGCCGUGCGACCACUACGCCGCGAGCGAUUAGGAAUCACGUGGAAGCAUAAACCAGCCUUUACACUUAUUCUGAUGUUUAGCAAUCCACAAAAAUAUAGAUUCUCAAGGCUAACACGAUUCCCUAAAUUAAUUCCACUUUUUGAAAAAUGCAGACUUUAUCUUCUUUUGGUAAUUUUUGAACUAGUCUUUUAGGUGGUACCAUGUUUGAAAAUGUAGCCUUCCUUCUUUAAAGAAGUUUUGAAAGCAUAACGACCACAACGUAUUUAAAGCAAAAGAAAAUACAUCCAUAUAUGGACAUUUCUUCAGGGUCUAUUCUGUUGUCAAAGUUUAGACAUGAAGUGGCCUGUUUCUCAUCUUCAGAUCUUUGCAAAUGUGCACUUUGACACAGCCGACACAAAAAGAGGAAGUGGUUAGUUUGUGUAUCACUUGUAAAUGUGGAAAAGACAGCAACUUGAAGAGAAGUUCAAAGUGAAGCAAGCGUUUCUAGCGCAGCAUAAUGUGGGUCAAAAUGAAUUUAAAGGAACUGAGAGCAUGAGGGAGGCCCAGUUAGGUUAUCUGUGUAGUAAAUAAAAAAAGAUCUUGAACCUCUUGGCAUCCACAUGCGUGGGCAUGACAA